AUGGAAGGAAUCAUCCCUUGCUCUGCCAAUUCCCUUCCUCUCACUCCCAUCACUUUCUUGGAGCGAGCCGCCGCCGUCUUUGCUGACAGAAUUUCUCUCGUCUAUGGAAAUGUCCGCUUCACUUGGGGAGAAACUCUCCAACGAUGUACUAAAUUCGCUUCUGCUCUAGUUCACCUCGGAAUCUCUCGCGGCGAUGUGGUUGCUGUUUUGGCACCGAAUGUUCCAGCUACAUACGAGCUUCAUUUUGCUGUACCAAUGGCUGGUGCAAUUCUUUGCACUCUCAACAUGCGCCAUGAUGCAGCAAUGAUUUCUACAUUGUUGGGUCAUUCAGAAGCUAAAAUCAUUGUUGUAGACCACCAAUAUCUACAUAUUGUAAAGGCAGCAAUCGAAAUUAUGUCCAAGAUGACGGCGGCAGAAGAGCUGCCUCGUAUUGUCAUUGUUCAAGAGUUUGAUCAUCCAUCCUCCAACAUCAACGGAUUCGACUCUGCUUCAGAUGAUUUAGAGUACGAGAGCCUUCUAAACACUGGAACACUCGAUUUCGAAAUCAGACGUCCUAUAGAUGAAUGGGAUCCAAUCUCUCUUAACUAUACUUCAGGCACAACAUCAAGACCAAAAGGUGUGAUUUACUCCCAUAGAGGUACUUAUCUCAAUACUCUAUCCACAAUCCUUCUGAAUGAUAUGUCCUCGAUGCCUGUAUAUUUGUGGACUGUUCCAAUGUUCCAUUGCAACGGAUGGUCUAUGACUUGGGGUGUGGCUGCACAAGGCGGCACAAACAUCUGCCAAAGAAAUGUGAAUGCCAAAGAAAUCUUCGCCAAUAUUUCUCUACACAAGGUCACUCACAUGGGUGGCGCACCGACCGUAUUAAACAUGAUCGUCAAUGCACCAAUUACUGAACAGAAGCCGCUUCCGGGGAAGGUAACUGUAAUGACUGGGGGUGCUCCUCCGCCAUCUAACAUACUGUACAAGAUGAGAGAAUUAGGAUUCCUUAUUGUCCAUUGUUAUGGUUUAACCGAAACAUGUGGUGUUGCAACAUUUUGCCAAUGGAAACCUGAAUGGGAUUCCCUUCCCGAUGACAAGCAAGCAAAACUGAAAUCUCGUCAAGGAAUGCAACAUAUCGGAGUGGAGGGAUUGGAUAUUAAGAAUCCCAUCACCAUGGAAAGUGUUCCAGCUGAUGGAAAAACCAUGGGGGAAGUUAUGAUCAGAGGUAACACCGUAAUGAGUGGUUAUUUGAAAGAUCUUAAAGCUACAGAAGAAGCCUUCAAUGGGGGAUGGUUUCGAAGUGGAGAUUUGGGAGUAAGACAUCCCGAUGGUUACAUAGAACUGAAAGAUCGUUCAAAAGACAUCAUAAUUUCUGGAGGAGAAAACAUUAGUACAAUUGAAGUUGAAUCUGUGCUAUUCAAUCAUCCAUCAGUUCUUGAAGCUGCCAUUGUUGGAAGACCUGAUGAUCAUUGGGGUGAAACUCCAUGUGCUUUUGUGAAUCUCAAAGAUGGUUCUAAUGCUACACAAGAAGAAAUCAUAGAGUUUUGUAGAGAUAAACUUCCUCAUUACAUGGCUCCAAAAACUGUUGUGUUUAAAUCAGAUUUGCCUAAAUCUUCUACAGGGAAAAUUCAGAAGCUUAUUCUCAAGGAAGAAGCUAAGGCCAUGGGGAGCCUUUCCCCUGCUAAGAGGUUUGACUAA